AUGUGGUUCCAACUGUUUGUACUCACUGCUUUUGCUCAACUAAUUACGGCGGCACCAACAAACGAUGGUCAACGCGUCAUCAACGGCACCGAUACUACAAUCGAGGAAUAUCCGUUUAUGCUGUCACUUCGGAGUUCGGGCGGAGGCCACAGCUGCGGAGGUAGCAUUUUAAGCAGCAACUGGGUCAUGACAGCCGCCCAUUGUGUAAAUCUUCUCAGCACUCCUAGUUUGCAAUCUAUUCAAGUUGGACGAACGAAUAUCAGCAGGUUAAUUGAUGACUCGGUGUUCAAAAUAGAGCUAGUUAUUCAGCACCCGGGCUACGAUCCAUCAAAUAGUUAUGUUAACGACAUCGCCUUGUUGAAACUGGUAACUCCCUUGGUAUUCAGUGAAGCGAUUCAGCCGGUGACUCUGCCUAAGCCAUACUUCGAGGUGGACGAAGCGGAUCUAGGGGUUACCCUUAUUGGCUGGGGUUUGAAUGACGAUGGAGUUAUUCCCAGUACUCUACAGAAGGUGGACUACUACAUAGUUCCGAACGAGAAGUGCAACGAAAUCCAUAGUAGCAACAUCUACCCGAGUCAAAUUUGUGCAGCCGAGCCUGAUGGUGGCAAGGGGCAGUGCAAUGGUGAUUCUGGAGGUCCAUUGAUUCACCAAGGAGUUCAAGUGGGCAUCGUCUCUUGGAGCAUUAAGCCUUGCACGAUUGCACCAUAUCCAGGAAUAUUGACCAAAGUAUCCCAUUAUAUCGAUUUCAUUUAUGAGAACACUGACCUAAAACCGGAUACAGAGGAAGUUGAGUAG